GUAUGAGAAAUUCAGCAAAGCUGCCAGGCUGCCUGAUCCAGAAAAGAAGCAGCCCAAGAGCAAGUGCUAGUGGGGGCGUGUGCUCUGCGUGUGGUGUGCGGCUUAAGAGUAUUAGCUGUGUCCGGAAGUAUCCACUAUCCAACCGUGACAUGCCGAGAGGUAUUGAGUGCAUUGAUGGAUAUUAACGUGAGCAGAGUGGUUUCGAGGUUUAUAGUUUGAGAAUUAUAUUGAUUAAUAAACUCCUGCACACGGAAUAAAAAGACGAUGACCAUUCUUGCAUUCUCAUGACCCACAUGUCCCCGGAAGAAGACUAAAACAUAUAAUUUGUGCAAAGCAAUUUAUUUUCACGAUGGCUCUUCUUGGGGCACAACUUGUUAUUACUCUUGUAAUGGUCAGUAUCAUUCAGAAAGUUGGGCCCCAUUUCUCUUUAGGAAGAUGGUUAUUAUGUUCAACGGGAUUGUUUCGCUACUUAUACCCCACAGAUGAGGAAUUGCGAUCAUUGGCUGGUGUACCUAAAGAUAAAGGUAAAGGUAAAAAGGGUGGGAAACACGUGGAAAAUGGGAAGAAAGAUGAUUCUUUCCAUAUUCCAAGAAACCUAGAUAUUCAGUUGGAAACUGCAAAAGUGACAGCAUUAGACGUUAUUCAUUUGAGGUAUUAUUCUGAGUAUCAGUGGCUGGUUGAUUUUUCAUUUUAUUCUACUUUGGUGUACAUUACGACUGAGGUUUAUCAGUAUUUUAUACCUCUAAAAGACGAGAUCAAUUUAAGUAUGCUGUGGUGCUUUCUGGUUCUAUGUUUUUCAUUGAAAUUGUUGUUGACUUUGACUGUUCAAUACUUUCGGGGAGAAGAAUCAGUUGGCGAACGCUCUACUGUCAUUGUUACCGGCUUUGCAUAUUUACUUCUGUCUAUGAUGAUUUUGAUUGUUGAUGAAAACAACCUGGAGUUAGGCCUUGACAAAGCCUACAAAAGUUUCAAUGAAAGUGCUGCUGCUUUUCUGGAUACACAAGGCCUUGAUUCAAAGGGACCUGCCUCAAAGCUGGUAAUAAAAUUUUUUCUGGCUUUAUGGUGUGGUCUUCUUGGUGCAGUUUUUACAUUUCCUGGAUUACGUAUGGCGAGAAUGCAGUGGGACUCAUUGAAGUAUUGUGGGGAAAGUUUCUUAUGGAAGUUACUCCUCAAUAUUAGCUUCGCAUCACCAUUUGUUCUGGUACUCCUGUGGAUAAAACCAGUGAGUAGAGAUUAUCUCACUGCUCGAGUUUUUACAGGAAUGACUGGACCAAUAAUGUCAGAACAUGCAUUUGAAAGUCUUCGAUUAAUUGCUGUUGUGGGGGCUGUGAUUCUGCGAUUGUCUUUAAUGCCAAUAUAUCUUCAAUCUUAUCUGAACAUGGCAUAUCAUCGGUUGGAAGAACAAAAAAAGGAAGCUGGCCGUAUUACUAAUGUUGAAUUACAGAAGAAAAUUGCAGCAGUGUUUUAUUAUUUGUGUGUUGUGACUUUACAAUACAUUGCUCCUCUUCUGAUGUGCCUUUACUUCACUUUCAUGUUCAAAACCCUAGGUGGUUACUCCUGGGAUGGCUUAUUUGUGGAGGCACCUUCAGCCCAAGAAUGUCCUGCAGAUACUCCUAUUACUCCUGUAACACAGAUUCUUGGUGAGGGGGAGUCUAUAAAGCAAUCGGCUCAGCAGUUCACAUUGGCUCUGGAUAAUUUGAAGCAGGUUUUCACCACAGAGGUGUACAAGGGCCUCUUUGGUUUUGCUACUUGGUGGAGCUGCUUUGUUUGGUUUGCUACUACAUCGAUGGGUAUGGUUUAUCAGUCAUACUUCUCUCAUGUGUGAAAACAAGAGACUGAUACUUUGUUGUGAAGUUGGGAAUGUUUUAUCUCAUCAGUGUUGAGUUUUUCAAACUGUUGCUACAUUUAUAAGUGUUUUUAACUUUAAUUUAUAGUGAGUUCAUUGUCCUUUUUGGAUGUAUUUUUUGUGAAAAAAUGUUCUUGAAAUGUAAGCAAGAAUUGUGUGAUUGAAGUUUGUGCAGUAUUGUAUCCAAAAUUCAAUGAAAACUUUUUGAGAAUUUGUGUUGACAGUGUGUUUUAAUGUUGCAAUGAUGUAGGAAUGUGAGAAAUGUAUUUUUUAUAAACCAUCUGACCAAAGAAAAAGUAAAUAAGGUAACAAAAACUGAUAUUUUUAUAAUUGCUUUUUUUUGGUCUCCUUUUUUUAAGAAAUCAGGCAGGUGCUCUGUUGAUUAUUUUUAGAACAGAUGGAAUCUAGAAUCUGUGAAGCCUCACUGAGGAGUGUCCAGGGAAAGUUCAGUCAAUGAGGCAACAUCAUCAUGCUACUUGCAUGGCAAACUACCAGUCCCUGGGGCACAUUUUCUUUAUUUUCGAUAGUGUUUAUGCUUUGUGAAUUAAGCAGUUUUUUUUCAAUUCUGCAGUGUAUUCUUGUGUACUUGGUGGGUAGUCAAGUGAAGUGAGUUGCUACCACGUUUUUAAUGUAUUAUUUCUUAAGUAUUUUCGAGAAUCUAUGUUACCUAGCUAAAAAAAAGAUCUAUGUUAACACAUGCCUUCUAGUUUGCUUUGACAAUUUUUUUUUAGUCUUCAUCUGUAUUCAGUUGCUUAUGUUACUUUUUUAUACAUUUUGAGGUGUAUAAAUAUACUAUUAACUGAGGAGAUUUUGGCAGGGAGAAUGAAUAAAGAGUGAAAAAAUUUGUGUAAGAGUGUAAGAUACACCGGCAAUAAAAAGGUACAUACCAUUUUGCUACCUGUACGUGUGUGAAUGUAGCAAAAUUUAGUGAAACACUAAUUUUUUGAUUGUGCCACUGAUAUUGUUAGUCAAUUUUGUCUUUUUAAAUCUAGUCAUAGAACUGUGUUUAUUGGUGUGGAAAGGUGUUUUGUUUUACGUGAUUCUAUUAAGGGAGCGAGUGUCUUUUUAGUUCGUAUUAUAUAAUUGCUUUAAGACAAAGAAAUCCUUUUUUUACUUCUUUAAUAAUACAAUUUAAUUUGUAAAGUUCAGAACUGAACAUCUAAUUGUCUUCUCCUCUAGAAUAGUUAUGAAGGGGGUUAGU